UCGAUGCUAUCUUUGUAUGGAGAAGGAUUUCUGCAAGCAAUUGUCCAAGUCAGCAUUGUUUACUAUGCUGCUUCUAUAGCACUGCACUGGAUAGGACCUUGGCUGUUGCCGGUCAAGAGCAUCCAGGUGCAGCAGAGACAACAGGGCCAAGUGACUCGGGAAGCCCUCUAUAGUCUUGGGCCAAUAGCAGUGAAGGCAGCCGUGCUGACGGUGGUGGAAAAGCUUCAUGCAGCGGGCGUCAGCAAGCUUUAUAGUGGCUCUAUUGACAGCUUUUCCAAGGUCCUGUACGUUCUAGUGACAAUCAUAGUCCUCGAUUACCUGCAUGACGCGUGGUUCUAUUGGACACACCGGGCGCUGCACAGCCGCUUCCUGUACAAACAUGUGCACCACCUCCAUCACAAGUCUGUUGCGCCCACGGCAUUCACAGGCUACAGCUUCCAUGUGGUGGAGGCAGCCAUUGUAUUUGCAAAUGAGGUCCUCGUCUGCUUCUUGUUCCCCAUCCACAUUGGAGUCCAUCGCAUAUACCACCUCUUCACCACAGUCAUCCAUAAUGGAGGCCAUGCAGGCUAUGAGAUUGCGCCAUUCAUUCCUUCCAUGGAGUCACUGAUAUUUGGAGUGCUGAGCUGGGUACAACCAGCAUGGAAUCUGCGCGGGGGCUUGAACACCGUGCGGCAUCAUGACAUGCACCAUAGAUUUCCAACUAGGCACUUCUCGCUCUACUUCACGCAUUGGGACCGCUGGUGUGGCACAGAGCAUGUGGACUACAGAACUGCGGUAAGUGUCCAUUAUGUUCUGUUCUGGAAUCGGCUUGCUUGGGGAGGUAGUGCACAUGAUUCUAGUGUCUGUACUCUGCCGCUCUCCUGGCAUUGUGCUCUGAUGGUCAUACUCCAAGGGGUGGGUGUCUGCAAGUUUUGUCACUGCUGA